AUCUCCAACACAACACUCUCUUUGGAUUCAUCGAACACACUCCGUCCUCUCUUCUCUCGGCGAGCCAAAUGACGACGUCGUUUCAAACAACGCCGACUGCCACGUCAACACCGGCGAUAUUUCCUUCCAAAAAUGCCCCGAAGUCAUUGGCUUUAUUACCAUUUUGCCAUCGUCAUCAUCAUCAUCAUCGCCAUUACAAUCAUUUACAUAACAAAGUAUCAUCACGGUUCUCUAUUACGCCUAAAUUCCAAUUCUCUUGUAAGGGUCUGCAUUCUAGUUGGAAUCAUUCAGCUGUGGGAAGAGCCCAAUUGAAUGAGGUUGCUGUUGGUGGAUCUUCAAACGAUGCAGCUACUCCAUCAGAAGAGGUGAAAUCACCAAGUGAAACUUCAUAUGCAACUUCGGUGUCAGAGGAAACAAUAUCUAACUUUAUUAGCCAAGUUUCAAGCCUUGUCAAGCUAGUUGAUUCUAGGGAUGUUGUGGAGCUGCGGUUAAAACAACUUGAUUGUGAAAUUUUAAUCCGUAAGAAGGAGGCCCUACCACAACCACCUUCUCCUGCUCCUGCACAAAUUCCAGUUUCACAAUCAUAUCAUGUGUCAUCUGUACAAUCUAGCGCACCUCCUGCACCUGCAGCUGCUCCUCCUCCAAUUCAAACCCCUGCACCUCCUCCAGCCGCAGCAAAGUCAGCUGAUUCAUCUCUUCCACCGCUCAAAUCCCCAAUGGCAGGGACAUUCUAUAGAAGUCCAGCACCUGGUGAACCAGCAUUUGUGAAGGUCGGAGACAAAGUGCAGAAGGGUCAAGUUCUUUGCAUUAUUGAAGCAAUGAAAUUGAUGAACGAAAUAGAGGCUGAUCGGUCAGGAACCAUCGUUGAGGUUGUUGCUGAAGAUGCAAAACCUGUUAGUGUUGAUACUCCUCUGUUUGUCAUCAAACCAUAGAAUUGUUCGAGCGAGACACGGUAAACAUUAUGCGGAGAAAGUUGGAAGGUGUUUACUUUGGUUUUGUGAUAUCUUGCUGUAUUUAGUAUGUUUACAUUUUGCAAUGACUGAUAGUGAUGGAAUAGAUGAUUCUUGCUGAAACUCAUUAGGAGAGUUUAUUUAAUGUGAGGUAUUCUUUUGCGUUUUAUGGACAGUGGUUUGUUUUUUCCUGUCUUUUAACAUAUCAUGUGAGGUUUGUGCCUCAAAAACAAUCUCAUCAAGUUGAGGUAAUUAAGAAAUUAAGGAUUUUAUGCAGUUGAAUUAUUCA